AUGUCUCAUAUUUGCAUUGGAGCGAAGGGAUCUGGAAAAACUCAUUUGUUGAAUAGUUUGCGGGAUGAAGACUCUAUAAAUGAAACCUCCCACUCUGUGUCGACUGUCGGGACGAAUAUCUACACCAUUAAGAAUCCUCAUGUGAAGGAUGUGGAGUUGAGUAACAAGCAGAAAGCUCGACAAAUGAUAAGUGUGCAAGUGCGUGAAAUUGGCGGGACAAUGGCUCCCAUUUGGAGGAGAUACUUUGAGGGGGUUACUCACGUCAUUUACGUCCUGGACACGUCGAAUCUCUGCCAAAUCUCCGGUGCUGGUGUGCUGCUGUACACUGUCCUCACUGAGCCACGCCUGCAGACAGCCGACAUACUCCUCGUCCUCACCAAGAUGGAUCUCGCGUACAGGCAGAUGCGCAACGAAGCCCUGCUGAUGAUUCAGCUGGCAAAGCUUCGAAAGGAACUCCGUCAGCGUAUCACUGUCGUCGAGACGAGUGCUGUGACGAAGAAUGGGCUAAAUGAUGUACUAGACUGGCUCUUCCUACCCCCCAAGAAAGCCUCCCAAGUGAAAGCACUUGAAGCACACUAA